AUGAAAAUAACUAAAGUAUACCCAGAAAGUACAUUUGGUAUUUAACUUAUUAAUUCCAAUAACCAUGUUUAAACAUCUAAAUCAUUAAAAUCUUCUAAUAUAGUAGAUUUAUAAUUUGAGAAUAUUGAAUAUUCUGUAAAAGUAUUUGAUGCAAAAAACAAUAAAAAAGGUAUAUAGUAUAGUUAAAUUUAAAGAAAACAAAAAGAUAUUGAAAGGAUUAAGUGGUUUAUGUCCAGGAGGAUAGGUGACAGCAAUUUUAGGAAGUUCUGGUGCUGGGAAAACAACUUUAUUGAAUAUUCUAGCUUGUAGAGUACCUUAGAAUAAUGAAUCAUAAUUAAGAGGAAAGGUAUUAGCAAAUCAUUAAGAAUAUAAUUAUGAAAAAUUCUGUUAAUUUGCAUCUUAUAUAAUGCAAAAUGAUAUAUUAAUGGAAACAAUGACACCAAAAGAAGCAUUUGCAUUUGCAGCUAGUAUGAAAUUUUAAGAUGCUACGAUUUAAAUGUAGAGAGUCACAGAUACUAUAAAAAGUAUGAAAUUAGAGAAAUGUUAAAAUGCAUUGAUUGGAGGAAUAACCUUUAAAGGUAUCUCAGGAGGUGAAAGAAAAAGAACAUCAAUAGGUUAUGAAUUAGUAUCAAAUCCAGCAUGUAUUUUAUUAGAUGAACCUACUUCUGGAUUAGAUUCUUUUACAGCAUUUGCAAUAAUGUAUCUAAAAUUUAUAUUCAAGAAAUGAAUUAAAGUAAUUAGCAACUUAGUAAGAUCGUACUGUCAUAUUUACUAUACAUUCACCUAGCACUGAUAUAUUCUAAUUAUUUGAUAGAAUAAUGUUAUUGGUUGGAGGAAAAUUUAUAUAUUAGGGAUAAAAAAACAAUGUAAUUUUAUUCUAAUUUUAAUAGAUUAUUGAUCAUUUUUAAAAUAUGGGAUUUAGUUGUCCUCAAUCUUCUAAUCCAAUGGAUUAUUAUUUAAGUUUAAUGUAGGUAGAUAAUCAAGAGAAUUAAAAACAUUUUAAUAAAAUGUUCUAAUAUUAUGAUCAAUAUUGUUAACCAAAUGUUUUAUAGCAAAUUAAUAGUUCUGAUAAUUUAUAAUUACCUUUAAAAGUCAGAGAAAUAUCUUAAAUACAAUAAAUCAAAUUUAUAGCAAAUAGAAAUUUAAUAGCUUUUACAAGAGAUUCUUUAUAAUUUUAUAUCAGAAUAUUUUAAACUAUUGUAUAAGGUUUAUUAUUAGGAGGAGUAUUUUGGAAAGUGGCAGAUAAUUAAGGAUCUGUUUCAGAUUUAAUGGGAAUAUCUGGAUGUAUUUUAUUAUAAUAAUUUAAGCACUUUUCUUUUGUGUAUUUAAUUUAGUUAUUUCAGCAGUUUUGGCAAUUAUUUUAACAUUUCCGAUUGAAAGAGAAGUCUUUUUAAGAGAAGAAAGUUCAAAACUAUAUUCAAUAUCAGCAUAUUUUAUUGCUAAACAAAUACUUGAAAUACCUUUGUGUAUAGUACUACCAAUAUUAUAAGAACUUAUAUCAUAUUGGAUGUGUGGCUAUCAUAAUACUACUGAAGCUGUUAUUAUGCAUAUGUUUGUAUCUGUGCUAAUAUAUAAUUGGGCCAGUGGCUUAGGUAUAAUUUAAAUCUUAUUAUUAAGGAAUGUUGAUUGGUUGUAUAUUUAGUGAUCUUAAAGCCAUUCUCGGAAUUGCUCCUUAUACUUUAUUACCAUAUGUUUUAUUCUCGGGAUUCUUUGCUAAUCCUAAAUUCUUCUAUUCAUGGACUACAUGGAUAUAAUAUACAAGUCCUAUUACAUAUUCUUUUGAAGUUCUAUCAAGAAUAGAAUAUAAAGAUUAAUUGUAUCAAGUUGAUCCCAUUCAACUCUAUGAUUUUAAGUUUGGAACUUGGACUUGCAUUUAUGUUUUAAUAGGAUUUAUAUUCCUAUUUAGAAUCUUUGCAUUCUUGGCUUUGUACAUUUUAAAAUCUAAAUUAUAAUGA